GCUCUUCUGUUCUAUUAUCUUUCAAAACAGAGACGAAAAAGGAAUGAAUUGGCCCGUAGAGCAGCAAUGAAUCGGCUAUCUACGGAGGUAAUGUCACCAAAGAUAUUCACGGAGAUGUUCACGGAGAUACCCAGCCCCAGUAGACAGAGGAGGAGGAUGGCAGAAUUUUUGCGUAUGCAGUCUCGUCAGAGGGCGCAGUUCGUUCUUAUGCUGAUGUUUGCCUUGUUCCCCACACCUGAUCGAACUGUUUGGAUGAAAGAAAAAUCAAGCCACUGGUGGGAAUAUAUAGUGAAUAGGACUUUUACGGAUGGAGAUUGGAUGGAAAAUUUCUGCAUGAAAAGAGCAACAUUCCAGUAUCUUUGCCUUGAACUUCGACCUUUUCUGGAGAAAAACUCCCACAGGAAAUGUCAUUCAGUAGAACUCAGGGUUGCAGUGACUCUGUGGAUAUGUGGCUCUGGUAUGGAAUACAGAAGCAUUGGGCAUUUGUUUGGAAUUGAGAUAUCUUCAGCCUGCACCAUUUUUCAAGAAACUGUGCAGGCCAUAGCCACCCAUCUAUCUCCUAAGUUCAUUCAGAUGCCCACUGGGAGAAGACUACAAAAUAUUGUGGAGGGAUUUGAGGCCAAAUGGGGUGUUCCACUAUGUGCAGGGGCUAUUGAUGGAACACACAUGUCCAUUAUUGCUCCAAGCCAAAACAAGACUGAUUACUACAACAGGAAAUGUUUUUAUUCCAUUGUUAGUCAGGUGAUAUGUGAUCAUGAACUAAGAGUCUUGCAUGUGGUAUCAGGCUGGCCAGGACAAGUCCAAGAUGCACAAGUACUAGCACAUACAAGCAUCUUUCAAAAGGCAGAAAGUUGGACUUUAUUCCCCCCGUCAAGUCGACUGAUAAAUGGAGUAGAAGUGCCUAUUUUGAUUAUAGGUGACCCUGCCUAUCCCCUCAAACCUUGGCUGUUAAAAGCAUUUUCAGACUUUGAUGUACUUACUCAAGCUCAAAAGAACUUCAACUAUUGCCACACUCGAGGAAGAAUGUGCAUUGAGGGAUGUUUGGGUAGAUGUAAAGGGAAAUGGCAGAUACUUCAACAGAGGCUAGAUUUUGAAACUGAAUUUGCGCCAGUGCUCAUCCUGGCAUGCUUAACACUGCAUAAUGUUGUCAUGGUUCACAAUGAAGGCUUUGACCAGGAGUGGAUGGACUUGGUGGAGGAAGAUCGAAAUCAUAACGGAUACCAACCAGGACAUGACAUGAGACAGUACGAUGCCAAAGCCAUAAGGGAAGCAUAUGUUCAGUAUUUUAACAACAGAUAA